AUGGCGCCGGCCGCCCCUCCGGAGCCCAUCGCCGUCUGUGGCAUGGCCGCCCGCCUGCCCGGCGAGGUGCGCACCCCAGCCGAGUUCUGGGACAUGCUGAUGGCUAAACGUAACGGACUGGUUGACUGGCCGCGUAGCAGCAGCACAAGCGACGGAGGGAAGUCUCCCGCGACGGCGGGGCGGUUUGACGCCGCCGGCUUCCAGAGUAGCACGCCCGCCAAGAACACACUCCAGGCGCCGCAGGCAUACCUGCUGGACCAUGUGUCGAUGGGCGACUUUGACCCCAGCUUCUUCCCUGUCGGUGCCAAAGAGGCCUCCCGCAUGGACCCGAUGCAGCGGCAGCUCCUCGAAGUCGCCUACGAGUGCGCCGAGAACGCCGGCGCCGCCCGGAACUUGUUCGGCGGCAACACCAGCGCCAGCAGCAGCACCAACACCAGGACCUGCACCGGCACGAGAAAGGCGGCCCCAGACCUGGCCGCAUGCAAGGACGUCGGCGUCUUUGUCGGCGUCUUCGGCGAGGACUGGCUCCAGGAGAACGUCAUGGACAGCCAGCUGGCCGGCCUGUACCGCGGAACGGGCUUCCUCGACUUCCUACAGGCGAACCGCGUCAGUUUCGCCAUGGACUGGCAAGGGCCCAGCAUCGUCGUCAAGACGGGCUGCUCGGCCAGCCUUGUGGCGCUCGACAUGGCCUGCCACAGCCUGCGCGCCGGCGAGUGCGCCGCCGCCGUCGUGCUGGGCGUCAACCUCAUCACCUCGCCGCUCAUGACGCUGCUGUACACGGCGCAGGGCCUUCUGAGCCCCUCGGGCUGCUGCAGGACCUUUGACGCGGCCGCCAACGGCUACGGCCGCGGCGAGGCCGUCAACGCCGUCUUCCUACGGCGACUCUCGGACGCCGAGCGGGCCGGCGACCCCAUCCGGGCGCUGGUGCGAGCCAGUGCCACGGGCCACGACGGUCGCAAGGUCGGGCAGCUCAAGCCGGACGCCGCGGCGCAGGAGCUGCUGAUCCGCAAGGCGUACGCCCUGGCGGGUAUCCCAGACUCGCAGUUCGGGGACACGGCGUGGAUCGAGUGCCAUGGCACAGGCACCGCCGUCGGCGAUCCCAUCGAGAUGCGGUCUGUCGCCAACGUCUUUGGCCGCGACGGCAUCGUCGUUGGCAGCGUCAAGCCUAAUGUCGGUCACUCGGAGGGCGCAGCUGGCUUGACGGGCCUGAUCAAGGCUGUGCUGUCGCUGGAGCACAACGUGAUACCGCCCAACAUCUUUUUCAACACGCCCAACCCUCUCAUUCCCUGGAAGGCGGCCCAGCUCCGAGUCCCGGUCGACCCUGUGCCAUGGCCUGAUGGCCGGAAGAAACGAGUCAGUGUCAACUCCUUUGGCGUGGGCGGCUCCAAUGCCCAUGUCAUCGUCGAGGCCUGCAGACCGUCCAAGUCUCUACGGCCCCGGGUUCCCACCACUGAGGCGGCCCGCGUCCUGCUACUCUUCAGCGCCACCCACCCGUGGUCGUUGCAGAAGCAGGUCCUCAACCAUCGAAACUACCUUCUCGAACGCCUGCCCGCCUCGCGUGAUGACGUGGCCGGCCUUCUCCGCGAUGUGGCUUACACGCUCGGUUGCCGGCGCCACCAUUUCCCUCUGCGGACGUACACCGUGGUUGGCGUGCAACAAGAGCCCGAAAACGAGAACCGAGACAAGACACAGGCAGCCUCAGGCGGGCUGCUGACUUUCGUCGACGCCGGCCAUUCCGGACAUGUUCAGGACAAGACGCCGCCGUCCCGCGUUGCCUUUGUCUUCACGGGCCAGGGCGCUCAGUCGGCUCGUAUGGGUUACGAGCUGCUCCGUGACAACAAUGUAUUUGCCGACAGCAUCCACUACCUGGAUCAGUGCCUGAAAACUCUGCCGGACAACUUGACACCCGAUUGGACGCUGUUUGAGGAGCUUUCCAAACCAGCCCCGGAAAGCCUCAUGGACGAGACGAGGUACUCAUUGCCCUGCUGCGCCGCCGUCCAGAUCGGUCUGGUCAACAUGUUCCGGGCCUGGGGCGUCUUACCUGCGGCCGUCGUCGGCCACUCGAGCGGCGAAGUUGCCUCGGCCUAUGCGGCGGGCGUGCUUCCUGCUCGCAAGGCCAUUAUCAUAGCCUAUCUUCGCGGUAUGGUACUGGAAGAGGUGCUGGAUGAGGACGGCAAGACGCUGCGGCGGCGGCCAGGCGCCAUGGCCACUGUCGGCUUGGGCGCCGAGCAGACGGCAAGGUUUCUCAGCCCCGGCGCCGUCAUUGCCUGCGACAACAGUCCGAGCAGUACGACCGUUUCUGGCGAUGAUGACGCGGUGCAGGAAACCCUCCGCAAUGUUGCCGAGGCGGACUCGCAGAUCCGUUGCCACGCGCUCCGGGUUCGAACGGCCUUCCACUCCCACCACGUCGAGCCGAGCGCGCUCAAGUAUGAGGAGCUGCUGAGACCGUUGCUCGAAGGAGGAGAGACUGGCAAGCGGCUUUCGUCCUCAUGUUCGCUGUAUAGCAGCGUCUCAGGGUCUUUGGAACAAGACGCCGCGAAGCUGGUGGGGAGUGCGCGAUAUUGGAGAGACAGCCUCGCGAAGCCCGUACUGUUUCGACAGGCUCUGGAACAGCUGCUAAGCUGCGAGCACUCGCCCAACAACCCAAGAAACACCAACCCCAACACCAACAACGGUCUGCUCCUCCUCGAAAUUGGGCCUCACCCCGCCCUCAGAAAGCCCGUCGCGGAGACGCUGUCAGCACUGCAGAGGUCAUCAUCGUCAUCAUCCACAACGUCCGAGCCACAGACUUUGCACAUCGCGACUCUGCGCCGGGGCGAGAGGUCCGACGAGGCCCUGUUACGUUCGGCGGGGGAGCUGUUCGUGCGCGGAGCUCUCACGGAGGCCAACAUGGAAUCCAUCUUCAGACCGGAUGGAUCCGCUUCUCCUGCUUCACAUUGUCUGACCGAUCUGCCUCCUUACGCGUGGCACCACGGCACGCAGUAUCUGGACCCACCGCGCGUGGCCAGCGUUUACAAGAGCGCGCGGCGUCUCCCUCACGAGCUGCUCGGCGCCCGGGUUCCGGACGCCACCGACAUCGAGCCGUGCUGGCGCUGCGUGCUGGAGCCCGACGACCAGCCCGCCUGGCUGGGCCACCACGUCAUCGACGGCCAGACCGUCUUUCCCGCCGCUGGCUUCGUCGCAAUGGCAGGCGAGGCCGUCAGUCGGCUUGGGCACGGCCGUGUUACCAACACGGGCUACUUUAUGCGCAACGUUUCGGUCAAGACGGCGCUGGUCGUGCCGCAGGGGUCGACAUUUGAGCUUUUCACGAGGCUCUCGCAGGCUCAAGACCAUGGCCAAGACCACCACUUGGACAACGACGCCGCCGCCGAGGACAACUCCCUGGACGGCACGUGGUAUGAUUUCCACAUCAUGGCCUUGGUGCCAGACCGUGAUGGCGACCGGUGGACUAGCCACUGCCGGGGCUUAGUAGCCGCUAGUGGUGCUGCUUCGGCCGCAUCAUCGAAUGGUAAGGCGUGUCAUGGCGGCACCAACAUCGGCCCCGCUCCCAGCCCCGCCACCGAUAACGGCUCCGGCUCCGGCCUUGGCACCGGCCUUGGUGGCGGCGACGGCGACGCACGGACUGUCGACUCCGCCGAAUGGUAUUCCAUUGCCGACUCGGUAGGCCUGUCGUACGGCCCCUCGUUGCAGGGCCUGCAAGACAUCGCAGCAUCCACCUCACGGCUGGCGGCGUCAGCCACGGUCUACGACUAUGACGACGAGGACGACGAAGGCGAAGCAGGGUAUGCUCUGCACCCGGCCGUCUUGGACAUGGGGCUCCAGCUGAACCUGGUCGCCAUGUGCCAGGGGCUCAGGGAAAAGUGCGACCUUCUCUUGCUACCAACCUACAUCGAAGAGCUUUCCGUGGGAGCAGUUACCACUCGGACGCCGCAGGACAACGGAAGCACCCCCAAGGCCCAGGACGGCAGGCUGGAAAUGCGCGCCGAGGUUCGCUGGGUACGGAAGGGCAGAAGCUUACAAGGCACCAUCACCGCCACCACGUCCGCCCCGGACGACAACGAUAGAGGGGAAGGUCUCGGCCACAAUACUUGUCGCCGGCUUUCUCUGCGCAACGUCAAGUUUAUGGCCAAGCCGCCGCUGGCCCGGCACAUGCCCCAAGACGCCCCUGUGACGACGCAGCAGCCCCAACUUGCGUCCGUGUUUGACUGGGCUCCGGACGCCGAGCUCAUCGACACGAAAAGAGUCGGUUCAGUCGUCGAAAUGGCCCGGCUGUUCGCCUUCAAGAACCCGCGCGUCCGCGUCUGCGUCUUCGCUCACGACGGCGACGUAGUCCUGGCCUCUGCCGUGACGCGAGCCCUCGAGACACAGGCCAUGUCCAACGGCAACGUGUUGUCGUCUCUGACCUACGCGGCCGCUACUACGGCAGAGCUGGGUCUGGCUCAGCUUUCUCUGCAAGAGGACGAACCACACGACGCAAGACUCGUUCCCACGUGGCUGGACUUGUCUCGAGACCUGCCAGCACAACCAGAGGAGGGUCAUAGUGAUUUUGACCUCGUCCUCAUCGAUGGGCCCGCCGCCCUGACAGGGUUGUGCUCCAUUUCGGCUCCGCAUCAGUGUGCUUUACCCGUCGGUCCCGGGGGAUGGCUCUUGGUCGACCGGUCUAGUGGCGAGGCCGAGACCGAGACCGAGACAGAUAGGAAGCUGGAGCAGCUCGGCUUCACACUAGUGGGCCGGUAUUCUCCCGCUUCUGGUAGUAUAAACAAAGGAAUGCACGCGGCGAGGGCUUUGCUUCCCAGUCACGAGAAAGACACCGACUCGAGACAGCGACGUGUUGUCAUUAUACUUGCCACGCCCGCACUCGACGAGCUUGCCCGAUCACUCCAAAGUGCCUUGGAUGAGAUUGAGAUACAUUCCGAGAUUCGCGUCUCUCACUCUGGCGACGAGCCACUCCCUGUUGAUAACGAUGACGACGAACAAGCCGUCGUCGUCUCGAUGCUGUACCUAGAGCAGUCGCCGGCAGAGGAAGCGUUGACUGCCGAGUCCUUUAGAAGCAACGUUGACCGGCUUCUCGCAGCCCGGAAUCCCCACGUCUGGCUUCUCCCGCCCCUCCAGCUGGGGAGCACAGGGCCGGCAUCGCUGUGUCAACGGCCCGACCCAGCGUGGCUGAUCGGCCUCACGCGCACCGCACGCACCGAGUACCCGGCACUGGAUCUCACCACUAUCGAGCUUGACACGGCCAACACCCCCGUCCGGGUCACGGCGGGCGCCGUCGCCCGUAUCAUCGAGAGACUGAUCCACCUCGGCCCCGGACCCGGACCGGGAAUUCUACAACAUGACAGGCCGGACAUGGACCGCGAGCUCGGCGUCACGGACGACGGGACUGUGCUGAUUCCUCGGAUGACAUGGUCAUCGCUCGAUGACGCUGCCGCUUUUGCAAAAGCGGAUAUCAUGAGCGGUAGUGACGGUCUGGGACUUGCUUCGUUCCGUGAGGAUGCGAGCUAUCUCCUGGUCGGCGGCCUCGGCGGGCUCGGGAGGUCCGUAUGUCGCUGGAUGGCCGCACGUGGAGCACGUCACCUCGUGCUAUUCUCGCGCUCUGCAUCCGAUCCUGACGCGGCAACAAUCGCCUUGGUGGACGAGCUGGCUUCCAUGGGCUGCGCCGUCGUCCGCGUGGGCGGGUGUGCCGAGCACUUCCCGGCCAUCAAGCGCGCCGUCGCGGCUGCCGAACACUCCGCCCCGCGCGGCCUCGCCGGCGUCCUCCACAUGCCCAUGGUUCUCCGUGACCGGCCGUUGAGGGACAUGACCUGGGACGACUGGACCGCCGUCGUGGACCCCAAGGUGCGCGGUGCGUGGAACCUGCACAACACCCUGAACCGCCGCCGGCGAGUACAACUUGACUUCUUCGUCCUCUUCAGCUCAGUCAGCGGCAUCGUCGGCCAGCACGGCCAGGCCAACUACAACGCGGCCAACGUCUUUCUCGACGCCUUCGCGAUGUACCGCCGUGGCCUCGGGCUGCCGGCCAGCGUGCUCGACCUCGGCAUCGUCGGCCAUGUUGGCGCCGUGGCGCGCGACGAGGCGCUGGCGGCGCUGUUCCGCAAGUCCGGCUACGUCUUCCUGGGAGAGGAGACCGUCCUGCAGGCCGUAGGCAUCGCCGUCAGCCCGUCCGCCCCGGCCCAGCUCGUCGUGGGCCUGGCGCAGGAUCCGCAGGCCGACAACGCAACCCGGGCUGUCGUAUGGAACCGCGACCCCCGCAUGGCCAAGGCUUUGGGAUCGGGAUCUGGUGAGGGUGAGCAACGGGCUGGUGCGAGCGCCAUUGAUGCCAUCAAGAGAGAGACGCAGGAGAUCAUCUCCUGGGCAAAGGAGGACCCCGCCGGUCUCGUGACCAACGCCCGGCGGGAGUCACUGGCAUCGUGUCUCGGCAGGGCCAUCUACCAAGUGCUGGUCACGCCGCUGAAGCAGCUGUCGCUGACGAGAAACAUCAACUCGCUGGGCCUGGACUCCUUUGCCGCCGUCGAGCUGACGGCCUGGAUCCAGCAGCACUUUGGCGUCCAGCUCUCGACCAUGGAGGCCAACACCAGCAUCAACCUGCUGCAGCUGGCCGAUCUCGUCAUGGACAGGAUGGUGGCGAAGCACAGGUAG